ACCACCACACCAAACGUCGUGACCCUAAUCUAGGCCUAAUUGUGCAACAUGACUGGGCUAGAGAAUGCUAAUCCUGUUAUUUACCAGAAAUUAGAGGAACGUUUUAUAUUACCCGAUGAAGAAGACGACAAUAUAGUGGAUGUGUUUGAUGCGAGAGAGGUAUUUGAUCUGAUUCGAUGUAUAAACGAUCCAGAACAUCCACUUACCCUCGAAGAUUUAAACGUCGUCGAUUUAUCCAAUGUCCAAGUUGAUGAUGAGGAAAACAAUGUGAAAAUUCUAUUUACACCUACAAUUCCCCACUGUAGUAUGGCCACACUUAUCGGACUAUCGAUUAAAGUAAAACUCUUGCGAUCAUUGCCCUCACGGUUUAAGGUUGAUGUUGCAAUUUUUCCUGGAAGCCAUGCAUCAGAACAUGCAGUGAAUAAACAAUUAGCUGACAAGGAGAGAGUUGCAGCAGCAUUGGAGAAUAGUCACCUGAUAGCAGUAGUGAACCAGUGCCUGUCAAACAGUUGAUGUCCAUCCAAAAACAUUUAUGAAAUAAAAUGAGACAAGCUGCAAGUCUGAUUAAAUAAGGAACUUUUAGUACAAUUACAACUAAUUAAUUUUGCAAAACACUAUAUAGUUUUUGAAAUCUAUCAACU